UACAGGAGAUGACCAGAGACUGCGGACGUACUACAGGAGAUGACCAGAGACUGCGGACAGUGCAGGGGAUGACCAGAGACUGCGGACAUAGUACAGGAGAUGACCAGAGACUGCGGACAUAGUACAGGAGAUGACCAGAGACUGCACACAGUACAGGGGAUGACCAGAGACUGCGGACAUAGUACAGGAGAUGAUCAGAGACUGCGGACAGUACAGGAGAUGACCAGAGACUGCAGACAGUACACGGAUGACCAAAGACUGCAGACAGGAGAUGACCAGAGACUGCGGACACAGUACAGG